ACGACGUCAUAUCCGGGUCCGUGCUAAGGUGGCUAACAGGAAUUGCUUUUUUAAAUGGAUUUUUAUUGAAUAAUUUGAGUUAUCAGUGCUUAAGAAAACUAUCAAGUAUUUACUUACUUUUAAAACAUUACUAAAACAACCUGUUGGUGUUAAUCUGAUGUUCGCUUCCUGGAUUAUCGACUUGUUUUCAGAUUUAUAAGGUUACGACGUUGCUUCUGUGCGAUAUUAAACCGUCAGAAACUUUUUGAGGGCCAUACGUGGUUACUAAAAACUGAAUGGCAUCGACAAAUGAUCCGUUUGAAUUUCGGGAAUUUGAAGAAGCUGGGGCUCUGCUGGAAGCCAACAGAGAUGCCACCACUAUAACCAUCGAGGAAGACGAUGCCAACACCAGGAGGCAGAGAAAUGCAACUGGUUUUGUUCCAGAUGAUGAUGACGAAGAGCAUCUCCUUGCUGACGACAAGGCAGAGCUUCUCUCUGGGCAAAAGAAAGGUGCUCCUUUCUGGACGUUUGAUUACUAUCAGAAGUUUUUUGACAUCGAAACCCAUCAUGUGAAGGAGAGAAUCAUUGGAUCAAUGUUGCCGUGGCCCAGAAAGAACUUCAUUCAAGUUUACCUUCGUAAAAACCCUGACCUUUAUGGACCAUUCUGGAUUUGCACCACUCUUGUAUUUGCCAUCGCCAUCAGUGGAAACAUAUCCAGUUAUCUGUCCUCACCAAAGUAUAAAUAUACCCCAGAGUUUCGAAAAGUGACCAUAGCGGCAACAGUGAUCUUCAGCUAUGCCUGGCUGGUUCCUCUCGCCCUCUGGGGCGUGCUGCUGUGGAGAAACAACAAGAUCAUGAACUUAGUGUCCUACUCGUUCAUGGAGAUCGUCUGUGUUUAUGGAUAUUCUCUAUCAGUUUACAUACCUGCUGUGGUCCUGUGGAGUCUCCCGUACGAGUGGCUGAGGUGGAGCUCCAUCGUGGUGGCUCUCUGCCUCUCUGGCUCGGUCCUGGCGAUGACGUUCUGGCCCGCAGUCAGGGACGAUCACCCCAAAGUCAUGAUAGCAAUCAUGUCAGGCAUUGUGUUGAUGAAUGUCCUGCUGGUUGUGGGCUGUAAGAUGUACUUCUACACCAAACCACUGCAGGAUCAAUCAGUUACAAGCUCCGUACCAACAGAGGUGACAAAGACAUUGUCACCAUAAAAGCCCGUCGUUGUCUGAAGGUUCUCUCAUGACCUUAUUAGAGAGAAUCAGGUUUCUGUGUUGAUGAAGUCAUGGGAUGUCUGGAUUUCACCCGGACUUCGACAUUCCAGGUUCCCACCUUGAACAGCCUGCGUGUUUGGUCGGUGCAGCAGCGUGACGUCUGUAAACAAACACGGCUGACAAGAAUGGGGUCAGAAUUUGUUUAAGGUGAAAUUGGGGUUUAAUAUAGCACAGUACACAAGAUUUGUUAUAGUUUUAAGCUUUGUAUUUAUGUUUAAAAUAUUUAGGUAACAAGUCUUUCCAUGAAAAGUUGUGUCAUUAAUAGGAAAUUUUAUAUAUAUUUCUUUAUAUUCCUAUGAAGAGAGCUGGUAAUUGUAUUUCGUCAAGGAUUAAAUGUAUACCUUGUUUUAGGUGUUGGUGUGGCGGUGCAGGAUUACUUAUAAUAUACCCUCUAACGGUAAAGGUGUUUUCUUUUGGUUAAGUGCCUUUAACGACUGCCAAAGUUCUGCACUAAAUAUUCAUGAGAUUCUGUGAAUACUUUAUAAAUAAUUUGUUAUUAUUUCAGCAAAUAAAAUCUACACAUGCAA